UUCUCUGUGAGAUCUGCAGCCCCAGCCUGAGCGAGUGGCCAGUGUUUCUAAGUCGGUUUUGCUGCCCAGUGUCUCUCCCUCUCUCUCUGUCUCACCUUGCAGCCUCUCAGCUCCUCCAACCCCCUGGGCUCUUGUGUUCAGUUGUGUUUCGGUGGGGGUUUUUUUUGGUUCGGCAGGAUGCAAGCUCCAGCCGGCGGCAGCCCGGAGCCCCAGCUCGGUUCCUGCAACUCGAGUGUAGCCUCCACCCCGUUGCCGGCAGCGAACACCACCGGUCUCUCCAACCUGACCGACCGGUUCGGCAGGAACGAGGCGCUAGCCCGCACCGAGAUCUCGGUGCUGGGGGUCAUCUUCGUGCUGGCGGUGUUGGGGAACGUGAUGGUGCUGUUAGCUCUGUGCAAGAGCCGCAGGAAGACCUCCAAGAUGCACCUCUUCAUCAAACAUCUGAGCCUGACAGACUUGACAGUGGCUCUCUUUCAGGUCCUGCCCCAGUUCAUCUGGGACAUCACCUACCGCUUCCAGGGGCCUGACCUCCUUUGUCGCCUGGUAAAGCACCUGCAGAUUUUUGGCAUGUUCGCCUCCACCUACAUGAUGGUCAUGAUGUCGGUGGAUCGCUACAUUGCCAUCUGCCACCCCUUGAAGACCCUGCAGCAGAGGUCCUACCUGAUGAUUAUUGGCACCUGGGUGGGCAGUUUCAUAGUUAGCUGCCCUCAGUCCUUCAUCUUCUCCCUGCGGGAGAUCGAGGAGGGCUCCGGGGUCUACGACUGCUGGGCCAGCUUCAUCUUCCCCUGGGGCAUCCAGGCGUACAUCACCUGGAUCGCGCUGGGGGUCUUCGCAGCGCCAGUGCUCAUCGUGCUGGCGUGUUACACCUGCAUCUGCCACAGCAUCUUCAAGAACAUCAAGUACAAGACCAAGGUUCCAUCCCACACCUCCUGCAGGAACGGCUUCAUCACCUCCGGGGUCAGCAAUGUCAACACCAUCUCCAAAGCCAAGAUGCGAACGGUGAAAAUGACCCUGGUGAUUGUCCUCGCUUACAUCGUGUGCUGGGCUCCCUUCUUCACUGUCCAGCUGUGGUCUGUCUGGGACAAGAGCGCUCCCAAGGACGAUUCUACAGACACUGCAUUUACCCUCACUAUGCUGCUCGGAAGUCUCAACAGCUGCUGCAACCCAUGGAUCUACAUGUUCUUCAGUGGCCACCUCCUGAGUGAUAUCGUCCAUUUUUUUCCCUGUUGCCACAAAAUUACCCGGAAGCUGAAGAAGGAAGAUUCAGAAACCAGCAUCAAAAGGCACACUCUGCUGACAAAGGCCAGCCACAGGAGCCCAACAUUCAGCUCGUACAAUUGGAAGGACAAUGACACAUCCCCUCAGUCAUUACAGACAAUGCCAGUGGAGACCUGAGGCAACCUGGUUGUUGACUACACUCCCCUCCACCCCCAUUAAACCAUUAAUGUUACUUAAAUGCACUGCAACUGAGAUCGCGAUCAAAGAUCUGAUUAUCCAAAGCUUACCCUUACAUUCAUAGCACUUUGCUGACCCGAGUGAAAAGGAGGGACAUCAGCUUAAGUGUGACCAGGUACUGGAUGGCAUCAAUCCAAUUAAAACCCAAAAGUGUGGCAUUUAUUUUUGUUGAUUUUUGUUUUUCCAGUAGGAAUGAAAUAAUUAAGCUUGUGGCCGUUAAGUACAAAAGCUGGUGAUUGUAGAUGUACUGUGGAUGAAUAAAAACACUCAGCAAACGUGCCAUCUUUCAAAUGGAUAGCAUAUCAAUUAUACAUCUGAAUGUAAAAUGGUGAAACUUAUAUAGCACUGAUUUAUAUUUCAUCCAAUAUAUGGCAUAGAUUUGAAAACUGUAAAGGAAUAUUUUGAGAUGUUGGAAUAUACUUAUUAUCCAAAUAUUUGAUAAUGGUUAAUUGGCAACAAUUCUGAUUUUGCAACCACCCCAUGCCAAUCACAAGCAAUGACGAUUCCCUAGCACUUGGUUCAAGUGGUACUCAUUAAGUGUGACCUACCCUGAGCCUUGAUGGUCGGUUAUUCCAUCAUGGAUGCUCAAUGCCCAAUGCCAAUCAUGCCUACAUCAGCUAAGCUCCAAAACAUGCAUUCUAUCAGGGAUGGCAAGAUAGCAACUACGAUAUUCUAAUCUGGCUAGAAGCAAAAAACUCAUAGGAACAAACCUUCUGGUUCGGUAUCGAAUGGUGUAGUGCAUUUUCCUAUACAGUAUACUGUGGGAAGCUUUGAAUGUUUUAACAUGGUUGCUCACAGCAACAAUCCAUAUAAACAGGCAUUGCUGAAAACCUAUGGAUUUCAAUGUUGUUUUCGAGUUGGUGUUGCCAACUGAUUAUUUGGUGGUAUUGAUGAGUCUUAGCCCCCUGCUAAUGUGAUACUGCUAUCAUCAGCAGGAGUCUCUGUUGCUGGCGUUCUAUUAUGUGAUCUAGACUGAUCAACCAAUUCUCCAUUCUGUUGCUUGACAUAAUUCACCACUUACUGAAUUCUAGAGAAGAUGUUUUGGUGGAGACAGACGGUAACAGAUGAAAGAUAAAUCAUAAGAAAGUAUAAAUAUAAAGUCAGAGAAAGGAAUAUAUAAACCUUCAGAUGGAGCAUGAUGUAAUCUUUGGGGAUAUCCAAGCGGAAAGAACAGGAUGAAAUACUUAUGCUAAAAUAAGUAAUAAACAUUGGAAUAGACUGGGAGAGGGCAGUUGGUCGACAUAGAGGUGACAAGUUAAAAAGUGACUCACUCAUAAUGGGAUAAAGUGGUAGAUGUAGAUUGAACCUUAAUGAUCCGGCAUGACUCAAUGGCAUAAAUAAGUAAUUACGUUGGGACCGGCAGAUGAGAGAAAAUAAAAUAUUAGCAUUGGACCCCAGUUGACUCGGAUACCAUGAUGCUGUUACAUUGUGGUAGAUGAUGUUUCAUGGACAUCUCCAUUACCUUAAUUGGUGGGUGCCAUCAGGACCUAAGGUCGUUAUUUUACUGUAAGAAGGUUGCAGAAAUAAAUAGAUCACCCAGGAGCACCCACACUUAGGAAAUUUAGAGCAGCAUUAAUGGAGACCUGGGAACCCGUCAUUGAGUUCACACUCUAGUCAUGUUGGAGGCAUAGAAAAUUUAUGGCACAGAAUGGUGACCAUUCAGCCCAUUCAGUCUUUGCCAGGAUAUAGGGACUGGAUAUUUAAGGGAGUAAAGGAAGAAGAUAUUUUGCAAUAAAGUAGGAAAGAAGAAACAAAAAUGUGCAUGUGUGCCUAAAUUAUGAAGUCUGUGUAUCUUUCUUUAGAUCAUCAAAAAAUUGUAAUCCGCCCAUAACCACCACACAGUCCUUGGAAGUUAUGUAAAUAAAGCAAGAAGUACAAGUGCGAUUGAAAAGUCUUGAAUGAAGUAUGUUUAGUGUUUUAUUCUAAAGUGCAAAUCUGCAAAGUAUACGUCCCAUUAAAGUGUUUGUAUUUCAAGAUUCCUAUUAUUAGCCCUACCCUUCGCCCCCAACCCACCUCCCUAUGCUUCCCUCUGUGGGAAAAUAUGUGUUGAAUAAUUUUGUAAUUCGUUCUUUAAGCUGCCUUUAACCAUCUGGAUAAUGUUAAUAAAGUUUGAGGACAACUGA